AGCCCAGCUACCCCUUUAAUAACCUCCACCUGUAUUGUGCCUUGCAGUACGUGUACUUUGUCACCGGUAACAAUAAUGGCGAGGUAUCGGCGCAUUUCUCUAUUUUUCUCCACAAUUCUUGCUCUUUCUUUGGCCCAAACCGACCCAACUCCGAAUUAUGACGUGACGGAACAUGGCGACAGCUGCCUGUACUCUCUCCUGGUGGACAAGCCUGUCGGCGGCUGUCAGGAGACAUUUUCACCCAGGAAACGUCACACGGACUUACAGAACCAACUCAGAGACAUGGACCAAGCGAUUGACAUGGCCGAGGAAAGACGGUCUCAGGCUUUGGUGGAGAAGAAAAACAACCUGCUGAAGGAGGAGGCUGCACGACUAGCAGUAGAGAAUGAGAUAGCAGAGAUGCAGUUCCGCACACAGGAUUUAGAGGAGUCCAAUGGCAAGUUGGGAGAAAAGCUUCAGGAACAGACAGCAAAAAUGAAAGAACUGCAGGACCAGAUCAAAAACCUCAACACAGCCAUCAGCCAGCUGAUAGAUGAGAAGAAGGAAGCCGAAUCAGACAAAGGUCCGUCUGAACCAGCCAGCAGCCCGACCACAACAGCCGCUACACCGGAACUGGUGCCGGCAGGAACCCAGCAGCCAACAGCCGCGGCUAGAGAUUGUACGCUGUUGAAGAAAGAUAAGACAGACGAAAAAAGCGGUGUGAAGACCCUGGUCCUCCCUGACGGUCAGGAAUACAAGGCGUUCUGUGACUUCAGCAGCCCGGGAGGACCGUGGACUGUCAUCCAGAGGAGACAGAAGACUGAUGCCGGCAAACAGGUUGACUUCUUCAAGACUUGGGACGAAUACAGAACAGGCUUUGGAAAUCCUGAUGGAGAAUACUGGAUAGAAUGUCAGCUUUUUAUGUGUUACUGCAGGUUGAAGCUGGGAGAGUACACUGGUACUGCGGGGGACGCCCUGUACGUCCAUAGGGACCAGCCCUUCAGUACCAAGGACCGGGAACACGACACUCUGCCCACCGGUAACUGUGCCAGCGCCUACCGCGGAGGCUGGUGGUACGCCAAGUGCUUUGACGCUAACCUAAACGGAGACUACUCUGACGAUUCUGAAGCUACCUUGUCGUCAGUGAGCUGGGUACCGUGGCAGGGCUACAGAGCCAUCCCGUAUGUGGAGAUGAAGAUCCGCCACAAGCCGGCCGAGCCUGCCGCCAGCGUACCUUAAACUGGUUCAAGAGAUGCAUGGCUUUUCUUUCUAUCAUUUCCGCAUAUUUUCUGUUCAAAUACACAAGUAGCUUUUUUUAACAAUGGGUAUGCAGCUGGGUAUUUCUUUCAAUAGGUAGACUGCGGGAUUUAUAUUGACAUUAUCCACUGCCUUCAAAGAAGAAGAAGUCGAACCC